AUGAAGAUCCCCAACCUGCCCACGACCAACGCCGGGCUCGCAUUGAACAAACUUGAAGAAAGUCUCAAAUUGUUGAAAGAUACUGGUGACGCGUGGUCAUUCAAGAAGGCCGAAUUAUUGGCUAUCAUUGCCGACUUUGAACGAUUGACGAACGAGAAAAGCCAAGUCUGUAAUGUCUUAUCGGACGAUCCCCUGCGUAGCACAAUGGAUGGCGACGUCAGAAAAAGCGCUCGCAACUUCCACGCCGAUGUGAUGUCUUUAUAUGACCUUAUGUGGUCAUCUGAAGCAACUACCAUCGAUGACCAGGCUAGUUUUGUGAUUCCAAAUGCCACCACCCCCCUUUCAGUCUCACCCAUGAAGAAGCUGCAAUGGAUGAAACGUGGAACGUUGAAAGAUCGCAUUGCGCUACUGCGACGAAAAAGAGAUCAGAUACUUCCUCGUCUCCGUGCGUAUGUUUCAGAUCACGACCCAGACGCGGAUGGUGCCCCGUUACCUGAACCCAGUGGUCUCAAUGACAGCGAGUCUAUCGAGCGUCCACAGAUAUCAGACGCAACCAUCGAUACGCAUGAGCAUCUGGCCUCUUCCAAGUUGGAACGCACUUUUCGGGUCGUAAACGACACCAACCCAAGUCAGAAUCGAGAUAGCAUAAGCACCCAGUUUAGCUCCACGAGCACCUCUCCUCCCCCAUACCCGCAACUCGACCGGGGGAUUGCUAACUUGAAUGAUGAUUGUCAGAGUCAAGAUUCAGAGCUUGGUGCUUUGGUUUCUUCUCGAUGUGGCAGCGUCGAGGACACUACUGACAGUGGUGCUGGCGCCGAACCCUCGCGUGCUGCUCCAAUCCCUCACUCACACCAAAGAGAGCAGAAUGUUCAGCUGAGAAUGAGUGUCAUGUCGAGCACAACUUAUGCCACAGCACCAUCGACGCUUGCGUCUGAGGGGAGCAUUCGGAGCCUGUCCUCUAUACCCUCGCUGGAUGACUGA